AUGCAGCGCCGAUCUAUACGUCUCAUUCUCGUGUUUCUGAAGAGCGUCACCGUGCGGCCAAGCGGCUCCGUCUCCCGUCACAGCCGGGCCCCGACGGUCCCCACGGUCCGGCCUCGGCCCCGCGGCCGCCCGGGAACCGGAAACCGGAAAGACCGCCGCCCACGGCCAUCCGGGUCCCGCAGCCUCGCUGGGAUGCACUGGGCGGGGCGUGACGUCAGGACGCACAGCCGCACGUGCCCGGACGCGGCGCACGUGCCCGGACGCGAGGAUGCACCGCCUGGAGGCGACCCGACGUCACGACGCGCAGCCGCACGUGCCCGGACGCGAGGAUGCACCGCCUGGAGGUGGACUGACGUCACGACGCACAGCCGCACGUGCCCGGACGCGAGGAUGCACCGCCUCGAGGUGACCCGACGUCAUGACGCGCAGCCGCACGUGCCCAGACGUGAGGAUGCACCGCCUGGAGGCGACCCGACGUCACGACGCACAGCCGCACGUGCCCGGACGCCACGCCCCCACGCCUGGGAAAAGAGCCACUCGCACCUGUGGGCGGAGCGCGGCGGGGCCCCGCCCCGCCUAUGGCUGGCUUCCGGCUGCCGUGGGCGGCUGGCUUCCGGGCGUCGCGGUCCGGGCGGGUCCGGGCUUCUCCAGCGUGAGCCGCGGACACUUGGUUCCGAGCCUGGGCUGGGCUGGGGGUGA